CUUUGAAGGGAUCAUUUGAGUACCCUGAACGCCAAGAUGGACGCCACACGAGUUCUGCUAAUUUUCCAACUUCUUGCUUGUUCGAUGUCCCUGAUGUCGUGCUGUCAAAGAAGAUCCUGUCAGCCAUUUACGGGAUGGAACAACUGCGUCGAUAAAGGCCUCACGGAGCCCAAACUGCCUCCCCGCGACAAUAUCUGCUGUGGACCCCACUGUGUCUACACGCCCCCGGAACCUCCUAAACCCUGCAAUUGCACCGUCAUACAGCGUUGUCUGCUGGACACUCAUUGUGGCGGCGGAAUGCCAUUUAAAAUUGUAAGAAUGUCCGGGUGCGCUCUGGAAAAGGAAAAUGCCUCCAGGCUGAAAGAUGGCUACGCCAUCCUUAUUUCAUUCCCAUUUGAUCAGAAGAAAUGCCUCAGCAUGAACACCAUGUGCGGCAUCAAUUGCUGCUGCCGUGAGAAUUGUCCAAAAUUGUUCUGUAAAUUUUAA